UAAAACACGUGUGUUGGACGUUCAUGUAAACAUCAACAAAUAUGACUAAGUUUGUCCCCAAGUUCUGGAAACCAGGUACAGAAGGCCCAGGAGUACUGCUGAAUGAAGAGAGAACAGCCAGUCCUGGUGGUCAGGACACAACAUCAGUCAAGUACAACCCGAAUUCAUCACUGUCCAUAGAGAAACAGAGACAGAGGCUACCCGUUUUUAAGCAUCGCACCAAUAUUUUGUACCUUGUUGAGAACUUUCAGACUGUGGUCAUUGUUGGAGAAACUGGGUGUGGUAAGAGUACACAGAUACCACAGUACUUGUUAGAGGCUGGAUGGAAUGUUCAGGGAAAACUGGUCGGUGUUACACAGCCCAGGAGAGUAGCUGCUGUUACAGUAGCUAAUCGUAUUGCAGAAGAAAGAGGUCAGGUGACUGGGCAGGAUGUUGGCUAUGCCAUCAGGUUUGAGGAUGUUACAGAUCCUGAGACAACCAAAAUCAAAGUGUUAACGGAUGGGCUUUUGAUCAGAGAAAUAAUGGCUGAUCCUUUGUUGAGACAAUACAGAGUGAUCAUGUUAGAUGAAGCCCAUGAGCGGUCUCUAAACACAGAUAUCAUUGUGGGGCUACUGAAAAAGAUUCAGAAGAAGAGAGCAGAUCUACGUAUUAUAAUAACAUCAGCUACCCUUGAUGCUGAGGAAGUCCGUGACUUUUUCAAUACAAAUGAGACAAAUGACCCAAGUAAAGAUACGGCAGCAAUUUUGACGGUUGAAGGACGUACUUUUCCUGUGGACAUAUACUUCUCAAUAGACCCUGUGCCAGAUUAUGUGAAGGCUGCAGUGGAGACAGUGACAAAAAUCCAUGUGCAGGAAAAGGCUGGAGAUAUUCUAGCAUUUAUGACUGGUCAGGAAGAAGUCCAACAAGUUGUUUCGCUUCUGAUUGAAGAAGCCAGAAAAUUGAAUAAGACGGAAAAUGUGAUGAAAAUGAAAGUUUUACCAAUGUAUGGGAGUUUGCCAGCAAGUGACCAGAUGCGUGUUUUUGAUAGAACAUCACAUUUUACCAGGAAGAUAGUCAUAGCAACUAACAUAGCCGAGACAUCCAUAACAAUUAAUGGCAUCGUUUAUAUUGUUGAUUGUGGGUUUGUUAAGAUCAAGGCGUAUCAGGCAAAAUCAGGAAUAGAGUCUCUUGUUGUGAUUCCGGUGUCUCAAGCCUCAGCCAAUCAAAGAGCAGGAAGGGCAGGACGACUUCACGCAGGAAAAGCCUACAGGCUGUACACAGAAGAAAGUUUCCUGCAACUGCCCAAGACAGCUGUUCCAGAGAUGCAGAGGUGCAACCUGGCAUCUCCCAUACUUCAGCUGAAGGCUCUGGGCAUAGACAACAUCCUCAGGUUCAACUUCCUCUCCGCCCCUCCUGCGCAAAAUAUGGUGAAUGGACUGGAAUUGCUCUUUGCUUUGGGUGCCCUUGAUGACAACGGCAUACUUACCGACCCCCUUGGAUUAAGGAUGGCAGAAUUUCCUCUCUCUCCAAUGUUUGCAAAACUGUUACUGGUCUCAGGUGACUAUGGCUGCUCUGAAGAAGCACUGACUGUCUCAGCCAUGAUGCAAAUACAAAAUGUGUUUUUGAAUCCUCCAAAACAGAAGACCACAGCGGAUCGAGCUAAAAGAAAAUUUGCUGUUGCCGAGGGUGAUCACAUAACAAUGAUAAAUGUUUAUGCUGCUUUUCUUAAGAACAAUAAGAGUUCCAGAUGGUGUAAUGAGAACUUCCUCAACUACAAGGGCCUAGUGCGAGCUGUCGAAGUUCGAGAACAGCUUAAAAGACUGUUAAGGAAGUUUAACGUGCCUCUGAAGUCCUGUCAAGGGGAUGUGGAUGUCAUUCGUCGAUGUCUUACUGCCGGCUUUUUCGCAAAUGCAGCAAAGUUUCACUACACCGGGGUUUACAAGACCAUCCGCCACGGACACAUUCUUCACAUCCAUCCGAUGUCAGUACUCCACACCGAGAAACCGCCACCAUGGGUGUUGUUUAACGAAGUUGUGCAGACUACCAGGGAGUUCAUGAGAGACGUGACAGUGAUACGUCCAGAAUGGCUGACAGAGUUAGCGCCUCACUUCUAUCAGUUUGGAACUGAUCGUGAAAUCGCGGCAAAAAGAGCAAAAUUGGAUGAAUGAACCAAAUUCAGUGUUCAUCAACUAGAUUAUCAUACGAUCUGGUGUUUCUGGGUGUGAAUCAAACAGGGACUCGUUUUCUCAUGCUGAAAGAAGUGGAGUUGACAGUCAAAGUAUUUGGUCAACCUCGAAGGAAUUCAAGCAGAAUAUCAGCGAGAGAGUGAAUCACUUUUAAGAUUUGAUGAACCAAUUUAUGUUCAUUUGUAAAAAUUUGGUACACGAAAUUUAUCACAUCUUGACCAGGAAACUUGUCCAAACGGAAUAUUGAUAGAUCAGUAUUUACUGUGUUGUGGUCCUUCGAAUGCUGUCUGUUUUUUAUUUUAUUUUAUCAGAAAAUGUUUUCGUCACAAUGGAGAUCUUUAUUUAGAAGUCAUAAGUUGAACUUGCAACUGGUAACUUCAAACCAGAGUUAGUUUAUCAAUUCUAAUUCUGUUCCAGUUGAACUGUUAGGUCUCUAUUCAACGUGAGGGAAAUAUUCGGUAUGAAUAUGGAUUUAAUGGUGCUUCCACAAGGAAUGAAGCUAUUCAUGUUAUGU